AUGAAUAGACCUGCAGAAGGACAUGAAGAACAUGGCCAAGUGAAGAAAGUUUGUACUGGUCUCGAGAGACCAGAGAAGCCGCAUAAGGAGCCACUGGACAUGAAUGACACCAAAAAAUACCCUCUUCUGAGCGUCCACUACGAGGAGAAAAUUGAAGCAUUGGGAACCGAUGCGGAGAUUAGUGAAGAAGUCAAGCACCUUGCGAAACUUGCUUCAUAUCACCAGUGCCGCGCUAUGUUGCUGUCCAGACAAAUUGGAAACGCCUACUUUGAACCUGUUGUCCACAAAAAGUCUCUUGCUGCAGAAGACUGUGUGCUCUGCGCCACCGAGGCUCUUCAUGAACGCGGCUUCUGCAAAAAUCUGACCAACACCAAGCGUUUCUCGAUGACAUUUGACAAACUCAAUCAAAGUUACAUCGAUAGUUUGAAGGAGUGGCAUAGACUUGAUGUGGAAGUUCCAGCUCGUCACUUCAGAGAUCAACAGGUCACAAGAUACAAUCGAUUCGGGACCGCUUUUGAGCAUUUGGCACAAACUGGCACCUUCGUUGUUGAAGAUCUCCAUAAGAAACUUGCUGACAUGGCAACUGAGAUGAAUCAGGAGUACAGAGAGCUCAGAGGUCGUCUGGAGCAAAAGGCGAAUGACGAUGUCAAUACUGUGUUGAAAAGACGUACCGUUGCAAUUGAGGGCUACAGACAGGGAUGUGCGGAAAUGGAUGCGAAAAUUAGAGCGGCUGCUGCAUCAGAGAUGGAAGAAUAA